AUGAAUUGCAGUGAAGAUCCAAGUCGACUUGCCGAAAAUGAUUUUCGUUCAUCAUUUGCAUUUUGGACAUUAGGUAUAAUAAGUAUUAUUUUAUCAUUUCUUGCAAAUGCUGGUAAUCUAAUUAAUUUAUUUGUUCUUACACGACGUCAUAUGCGUUCAACAAUGACGACAACA